ACAUGUUUUCGUAGCAGUUAACAGAAUACUAAAUUUGUCACCCUUUUCCUUAAAAUUCACAAAAUUCCAAGAAAAAACAGAGAAAAAGAGUGUAAAAGAGAGAAAUGGAUUCCUGGGUAUCUUCCUUCUCGCCGGAAUCUUCCUCCUGGGACUUCCGGAGCUUCGACAAUUCGCUGCCGUUUAACCUCAACGACUCCGAGGAGAUGUUGCUCUUCGGGGUGCUGGAGCAGGCGGCGGCGGGACGAGAGCAGGAGAACUCCGACGACACGAAUUCCUCCGACAGCGUGAAGGCGGAGGCGGAGGCGGCGGCGGAGAGGUCGUACCGCGGCGUGAGGCGGCGGCCGUGGGGGAAGUUCGCGGCGGAGAUACGGGACUCGACUCGGAACGGGAUAAGGGUGUGGCUGGGGACGUUCGACAGCGCGGAGGCGGCCGCCUUGGCGUACGACCAAGCGGCGUUCGCAAUGCGAGGGGCGGCGGCGAUCUUGAAUUUUCCGGUGGAGAGAGUCCGGGAGUCGCUCAAGGACAUGAGGUGCCAGCUGGAGGAGGGGUGCUCGCCGGUGGUGGCGCUCAAGCGGCGCCACUCCAUGCGGAAGCGCCGCUCCGGCAGAAAAACCGGCAAGGUCGUCGUCGGAGAUGUUAAGGUGGUGGAAAAUGUGGUCGUGUUUGAAGACUUAGGAGCUGAUUACUUGGAACAACUUUUGAGUUGUUCAUCAAGUGAAAUCAUGACACCUAAUCAAUGGUGAAUCAUCAUAGACUCUGUUCUUUGGUUUAAUCUCAUUUUUGUAAAUUAUAAUGUUUUUUUUUUAUUAUUAUUAUUAUCUUUUCUUUUAUGGUUGAAUGAAUCAUCAUCAAGAAAUGGAUGGUUAAUGGAUAUACCCCAUGUAUAAUAAUGUAUAUCACUUAGCUUUGUUAUACUUUGCCACCUAAUAAUUUUGAUUGAGUGCAACAUUGGAAG